CAGCACGAUCCUCCUCUCCUUUUCCAGUUGCGGAUGGAGUGUGUCGUUUAUACGUUGGAGAGCCACACCUCGUGGCUCAAAUUGUUCUUCCUUGUUUCCUCUUUUUUUAUUUCUUCUCUGAUCCUUUUUCUCAACGCUCAUCCUCCUAUAAGCAAUCCGUGCUGUGUGUUCUUGUUAGUUAGGCUGUUUCUUUGUUUCUUCCCUUUCUUCUCCUGCGGGGUGGAGAACCCCUGAAUCCGGAAUUGCGUCUUCAAUAGAGUUGAUGAAUCAGACUAUGAUGUGGCUUAUACGCACCGCAAUAGACUGCAACGAAGAAUAAUAACUGAGAUUGGGGUCUAAUAACUGUGAGUAAAAUGUGACGGCAACAUGGCAGAGAAUGACACCCAGACCAGGUGAUCGACAACCUAGUCGAGAA